GAUGAAAUCCGAUUGAUGAGACAGGCUAAAAACCGUGGAAAUUAUUACAUUCCUGGUGAAGCGCGUCUCGCGUUUGUUACCCGUAUUCGAGGUGUGAAUCAAGUUGCUCCCAAAGUGCGGAAAGUACUGCAGCUGUUCCGUCUGAAACAGAUCAACAAUGGUGUCUUCGUGAAGUUGAACAAAGCGACGAUCAACAUGUUGCGUAUUGUCGAGCCUUACAUUACGUGGGGGUAUCCUAAUUUGAAAUCGGUUCGCGAGUUGAUCUAA